AUGAUAAGGAAUUAUAAUUAUAUAAUUUUUAUUUUUUUAAUUAUAUUAUCAUUUUUAACAAUUUAUAUAAAUGGCGAAUUAAUAUAUUUUAACUCGAGCAAAACAUGUACAGAAAAAUCACCAUGCAAUUUUUCAAAUAAAGAAAAUUGGAUAGGUGAGGUUUUACCCAGCCAAGGUGAUGAUAUAGUUAUUGAUUUUUCACAACCACAACCAACAGAAUCAACAAUAGCCAAUAACAAUAUUAAUAAUAAUAGCGACACUAGUUUAAACUAUUACUAUUUAAUUGGCGAAAAAAUGAAUAUUACUAUUGGAUCUUUUAGUUUAUUGGGUUCAAAUCAAAAUUAUCCACAACUUUUUUUAAAUAAUACAUAUAUAGUUUCAGUAGGAAAUACAUUUCAAAUAUCAAGUGCAUCAAUAAACUUUUAUUAUAACAACACUUUAACCAUCGAUAAAGGAAGCUUAAAGGUUUUAGAAGGUUCAAAUUUUACUGUAGAUCGAUCGAGCAAGAUUAAUAUUAUAAAUAAUAGUGAAAUUACUUGUGAUAAAACCAUAAAUAAAUUUCAGUUUUUAAACAACUCAUCCCUUUCAAUUGAUAAUAGUAGUGUUGGUAAUUUUUAUUCGAAAAUAGUAUUCUCUUCAACUAGUUCAUUUAUCGGCAAUUCAAGUGAAACCAGUAGUUUUUAUGGUGUAUUUUCAUUGUCAUCAAGUACAUUAGUAUUAAACAAUGCCAAGUUUUAUUAUAACUCCUUUAUAAAGAAUCUAAAUAUAAUAGGCCAGGUUCAAUUAGACACAGACAGCAACACCAUUUUAUCCAUCCUACAAAACCUAUAUUUCAAAGAUACCUCUUUAAUAACAAUAGAUUCAAAUACAAAUUUAGUAAUUGGUGGCUCGGUUAAUGGUGAUAAUGGGAUUUCAAACACAAGCUCUAUUGUAUUAAAUGGUGGAACAUUAAAAAUAACCUCACCAAAUUUUAAAAUAGAUAAUAUGGAAUUUAGCGAAACAAAUACUGGUACAAUUUCAUAUCAAACAUCUAGCCUCAGAAAAUAUGAGGAUACCACAAAUAGUAAUACAUACUCCUCCUCCUCUUCAUCUUCCUCUUCCUUCCCUUCCUCUUCUUCAUCAUCCUCUAAUAAACCAAGCCCUAGCAACUCAUAUUUUAUUAAUACAAUUGCACCAAUGAUUUUAGUAUCAAGUAACAGUGAUCUUAUAAUAUACAACUCACAUUUCAAAACACUAUCCGAAUCAAAAUCAGUAGUCGAAAGCGAUUCACCAAUCACAUUUGAAUUCUUUGGAUCAGUAUACUUGGAUAGUGUCUCCAUUUCAUCAAGCUCUGUUGUAAUUAGUCCAAACUCUGAUGUCGUUUUUUUCAAAGGUGGUUGUCUAAACUCUUUAAAUGUUUAUGGUAAUCUUACCGUAUAUAGCCCAGGUAUUUCAGUUCACCCUAAUCCAGUUAACAUUUUAGAUCCAAAUGCAUAUUUGAUUAUCAAUAGCACAUCAGUUUUAGCAUCAGUAAACAUUGUAUCAGGAACACUAUUUUCCGUAGGCUCAUCUACCAUAAACUCUUUAAACAUAAGUGGGCCAUCAUCAUUUUUAGAAUUACAUUAUUCAUCUAUAUAUAUUUAUAAAUCCUUCAUCUCUGAUGCAAAAUCAUCAAUUUAUAUAACUUCAAAAAUAAGCUAUUUCAACACACCUGCCAUCUCGGUAUCCUCCAUCCCACAAGUUUUUUCAAAUUUAAUAGUAAACUUUCAAAUAUUACCAAAUAGCAAACCAAAGUCUUGUGAUUUUUCAAUAGUAACAUAUAAUAUAAAUAAUAAAAAUAUCACCGAAAAAGAAGAAGAGCCUGCAAUUAUAAAUGAUGAUAGUAAUAGUAACAGUAAUAGUGCAAUUAAUUUUGCAUCUAUUAAAAUUUUCGAUUUGGCCAAUAACAACAACAAUGUAAAUACCAAUACUACAUAUUCAUAUAGCUUAUUGACAACAGAUAAUAGUCUUUCAAUCAUAUUUGUUUUUCCAUACUCAAAACAAGCUUUUCCAGAAUGGGCUAUAAUUUUAAUAGUGAUCGGUUCAGUUAUUUGCACCAUUACAAUUUCAAUUAUAAUAUACACAAUCAAGCAAAGGAAAAGAUUACAAAAUGAAUAUAGUGGUUAUACAAGAUUAUAA